CGGGAAAUUCAAAUUUCCCGGGCACUCGGGGCAUCGCCGCGUAGCGUCGGAAGAAGGAACUAAACUGUGUCCUACUCUUCAACUGAAGGAGUUCAGAAUCAGCUGUGCGAUUGCAAAAUAAAAUUUUGCUUGCCAAUGCAACUCACAAAAUAGCCGAUUUCUCCGUAAAUAAUUCAAUUCGAGACAUGGAUGACGAAGCAGAGACGUGGAAGUUAUGGCGGAUCAGGAAAACAAUCAUGCAGCUUUGUCAUGACAGAGGCUAUCUUGUCACUCAAGAGGAGUUGGAUCAAACAAUAGCACAGUUCAAGGAACAGUUUUCAGUUAGAACUGGUGAUAUGCGUCCCUCCAGAAGCGAUCUGACAGUUUUGGUUGCUCAUAACGAUGAUCCAACAGAUCAGAUGUUCGUGUUCUUCCCAGAAGAGGCCAAGAUUGGUAUAAAAACAGUCAAGUCGUAUUGCCAGACAAUGCAAAAGGAAAAUAUAACACGGGCUAUCAUUGUGGUCCAGGCAGGCAUGACACCCUCUGCUAAACAGUCGCUGAUUGACAUGGCACCAAAAUACAUCUUAGAACAGUUCCUCGAGGCUGAAUUGUUGAUUAACAUCACAGAACAUUCGUUGGUUCCUGAACACGUGUUGAUGACACCAGAAGAAAAGAAGGAACUCCUCAUAAGAUACAAAUUAAGAGAAUUCAUGUUACCAAGGAUACAGCAGGGUGAUCCAGUUGCCAGAUACUUUGGACUCAAAAGAGGACAGGUUGUCAAAAUCACCCGGCCGAGUGAAACUGCCGGUAAAUACAUCACGUAUCGUCUUGUCGUUUAGCAAGGAUUGCAACCAACCAUUAUUGUGUUCUGAGAGUUCGGCAUCAUACUGAUCAUCAUCAUCAAUCAUUGCCUUCAUGGAGCACGUGAACAACUGCCAGAACUUUGAAAAUUGAUUCUGUGGAGGAAAAAGAAUACAUGUGGGAACAUUUGAUAACCAACUAAAAGACAGUUUAAAGGGAGACUACAUGUAUAAACCAGAGGCACUCCAUUGGCAUUAUUGUUGUACAUUGAAACUUUUCAUGCUUGCAUGGGUAAAAUAAUUAUUUUUAAGUCAAAUCAAAUCAAUUUGGGCGCACAUGUACAGUACCAGAUGUAUAAGGCUGCUUUUGGGCCUAUCAAAUGUCUGAAGCCGCAGGUGUAGUUUUGCGGGAGGAAAUGGACUUCAAUGAUUUCAUCUCUAGAUAUAUUUCUCCCUGGUGGCACAUUUGCCAUUGUACUGUAGCUUCAGCAUUGUGCUUAGAUGUGUCUCAGCUCUACAUGUGUCAUUGGUACAUGGGUGGUGUUUAUAAUAAAGAAAAUA